AAAACAUCUUGUAGAAACAAACGGCUGUAUACGACUGACACAUUUUCUUUUUUCUUGAGAACAAAGCGCAUUCAUAAAGCGAUUUCCGACCGUUGGGGACACACACACGCGACGCGAAACUCAUUGUCAAAUUUCCACUCCUUCAACACACGGUUAUCGGCGUUCCCGAUCUUUAAUCAUCCUCGCUUGCCAUGUCGAACCUCAACUCGUGGGAAGAUGACCCUGCGGCCCAGGAUGAGAACCUGGCCAGGCAGGCACAACAGCAGAUGAACCUUGGUCGUGGAGGCCAGCCAGCUCAACAGGGCGGCUUCAGGGCCGGCGCAUCUACUUUCCAACCGGGUGCCAACACUUUCCAGCCCGGUGCUCAGUCCUUCCAGCCCGGUCAGCCCUACGGUGGAGGUUAUGCGCCUCAGUACCAGCAGCAACAAUACUACGGCGGCCAGGGCUAUGGCCAAUACGGCCAACAGUACGGAGGACAGCAACAGGCGCCCGGUCAAUAUGGUCAGGGUUACGGCGCUGUGUAUGGCCAAGGUGGAUAUGGCCAGCAGGGCUACAACAACCAAUAUUCAAACUAUCAGAACCAGCAAGCCCAACAGCAGCAACCACAGCAACAAGCAAAGCCAGCACCGACGAUUGCCAAGCGGCCAGAUGCCGCCUCAGGUUCUGCAGCUCCAGCUGCGGAUCUGAACAAACCCAUUGCCACCAAGGAGGGUGGAACAAAGGUUCUUAGCAUUGGAGGCGAUGCACCAAAGCCCAAAGCCAAGGUCCUCUCUAUCGGCGCCCCCGCCGCUACCAAAGAACCCACAAAGAAGGAAGAGGCUGCAAAGAAGGAGGAGGCCGCGAAGAAGGAAGCCCAAUCCAAGCCAGAGGCUGGUGCAAAAGCUGCGGCCGCCAAGGCCAUCGAGAAGACCGGAGGCGACGCCAGCGCGAGCGGCAAGACUUCCCCAUCCCCAUCGUCCGGCCGCUCCAGUCCCACACGCGGAGCCAAGACCGCAGCCACCCGCGACGCUAGCGCCGUCGAGAAGGAACAGACUGCCGACGUCGAUGAAGAGACCCUCAAGGAGGUUUACGGCAAGGAACACAUGAACAUCAUUUUUAUCGGCCACGUCGACGCCGGAAAGUCCACACUAGGUGGCUCUAUUCUGUACGUCACUGGCAUGGUCGAUCAGAGGACGAUGGACAAGUACAAGCGCGAAGCCAAGGAACUUGGCCGAGAGACUUGGUACCUGUCCUGGGCAUUGGAUCUCACCAGCGAGGAGCGCUCCAAAGGCAAGACUGUCGAGGUUGGUCGUGGAUUCUUCGAGACGGAGAAGAGGCGAUACAGUAUUCUUGACGCACCGGGGCACAAGACGUACGUGCCUCACAUGAUUGGCGGUGCUUCUCAGGCCGACAUUGGUAUCCUCGUCAUCAGUUCACGCAAGGGUGAAUAUGAGACUGGUUUCGAGAAGGGUGGUCAGACUAGGGAGCACGCAAUGUUGGCAAAGACACAAGGUGUCAACAAACUGGUGGUAGUUAUCAACAAGAUGGACGACCCUACCGUCAACUGGUCACACGAACGUUACAAGGAGUGUACCACCAAGCUGGCGGCAUUUUUGAAGGGCACGGGCUAUAACUUGAAGACGGACGUCUUCUUUAUGCCGAUCGCUGCUCAGCAAACCAUGGGUAUCAAGGACAGGGUUCCCAAGGACGUUGCUCCUUGGUAUGAUGGCCCGUCACUGCUUGAGUACUUGGACAACAUGCCGACGCUUGACCGCAAGCUCAACGCGCCGUUCAUGAUGGCGGUUGCCGGCAAGUAUCGAGACAUGGGAACCAUGAUCGAGGGUAAGAUCGAGGCAGGAGUGGUCAAGAAGGGAAUGAGCCUGAUCAUGAUGCCCAACAAGCAGCCCAUCGAUGUUUCUGCCGUCUACGGCGAGACAGAGGACGAAAUCCCUAUUGCUCAGUGCGGUGACCAAGUCCGUUUGAGGCUGCGUGGCAUUGAAGAGGAGGAGAUUCUGCCCGGUUUCGUUAUUUGCUCUCCCAAGAGGCUGGUACACACGGUCAAGGAGUUUGAGGCCCAGAUCAAGAUCUUGGAUCUCAAGAGCAUCCUUACUGCUGGAUACAACUGUGUGCUACACGUGCACGCCGCUAUCGAGGAGGUGACAUUUGCCGCACUCCUCCACAAACUGCAGAAGGGUACUGGUCGAAAGAGUAAGUUGCCGCCUUCGCAUGCCAAGAAGGGAGACAGCAUCAUCGCGAGAAUGCAAGUCACGGGAGGUGCAGGUGCGGUGUGCGUGGAGAGGUUUGAGGACUACCCGCAAAUGGGUCGCUUCACGCUAAGAGAUCAGGGUCAAACCAUUGCCAUUGGAAAGAUCACCAAGCUCAUUUCCGACGAGACCUCCGCUUAAGUUAAGCUGGAUGCUGUCAAGUAAGGAACUUGACGUGGAAGGACCACAAAAUCUAUGUGAGAGGACUAUGAUAAAGAUGUAAAUAGGCAGACCCUGAGAGGCCGGCCAAUAAGGUCCUAUCAAAACGGAGUGAACGAUAGCUGGCAUGCAUGGAAUUCAUCAUAAAAUACCAUAAUAUGCAUCCAGCGACAACAAGUGAAUGUAACCCACAUGAGGAGGUUUCCGGCUUAUGAUCGACCCGAAAAGACACCUUUGCAUCGAUUUCCGACGUAGAUACGAAACCAAAUUGCAAGCGAAACACUUUCUUUGUGUCGAUUCAAAUUCCGUAUAACCGACGGUUCCUCUACGUCCGGGGUUGGCAUCGGCAGGAAUCGGAACGGCGUACAACCCCGGCGACCGGGACGCUGCGGGGAUGCUCGGUUGCGGCUGAUGUCAUGUCAGAGGGAAGGGGAAAAUCGGGUCAAGGGCAUGGUUGCGCUUGGCAGCCAAAAUGUGGGGGGAGGGGUCGGUACAACUUGGAGGGGUUCAAGCAGGGGUACCGAGGGAUUGCCCUGGGGGAGGGGAAGCGAGGGGGGUAAAACAAAGAGCGAAAAAAAAAACCAAUCACAUGUAAACAAAUAUUUGGAGAAUUGAAGUAUAACGAACUUUUGCGACAC